AUGUCGAAAAGAGGCUUAAAUAGAGGUACAAUAUCUAAAAUAAAAAAAGAAGGUUCUACAAAUAACGGCGUGUGGUGCACACCAGGGAAAAAACGUAAAGGAAGACCAAAACUUAUUCUUGAUGAUUUUGAUAAGUGCGUCAUCCGUAACAAAAUUCGUGAAUUUUAUGCUGUGAGGAAGGAGGUACCGACUUUGAGGAAGCUACAUCGUGUGUUAAAGGAAGACAUAAACUAUUGCGGUGGAAUCAGUAGUCUCAGUGGUAUUUUAAAAGAGCUGGGUUACAAAUAUAAAAAAUGUGAGUCAAAACGAAAAGUUCUCAUUGAAAGACAUGAUAUUGUGGUCUGGCGAGCUAAAUAUUUGCGAACAAUGAAGCGCUUGAGGGAAACUGGAAAACCAGUUGUAUAUAUAGAUGAAACAUAUAUACAUACUGCACAUGAAGUCAAUAAAUGUUGGCAGGGUCCCGGUGAACCUGGAGUUUCAAAAGCAAUUUCUCUUGGUGAACAAUAUAUUAUAGUUCAUGCAGGUAGCAGGGAAGGAUUUGUUGAAAAUUGUUUACUUGCAUAUAAAACUAAAAGUAUUUCAGCUGAUUACCAUCACGACAUGAAUCGAGAGAAUUUUACCAAGUGGGCAAAAGAAAAGCUUUUGCCAAACCUGUCUCAACCGUCUGUCAUUGUGCUAGAUAAUGCAUCCUAUCAUAGUACACGCAUAAAUAAGCCUCCAAAUAGCAGCGACAAGAAAGACACUUUGAAAAAAUGGUUGGAAGACAAUGGAAUAGAAUAUCCAGAUAACGCACUGAAACCUGAACUUCUAAGUUUAGUAAAAAGGAACAAAAAAGAACCAGUAUUUGAAAUCAAUCAAAUAUUUGAGGAACAUGGUCAUACUGUUUUGAGGUUACCCCCAUACCACUGUGACCUUAACGCCAUUGAAAUGAUAUGGAGCCUUGUGAAAAGACAAGUAGCAUCAAAGAAUGUGAACAUAUCAGCAAAAGACCUAUUACCAAUUAUAAAUGAAUGCUUCAAAAAUAUUACUGCAGAACAUUGGCGAAAAGAGUGUGAUCAUGUGAUACAUGUAGAACAAAAAUAUUGGGAACAAGACCAUUUAAUUGAAGAUAUGCAAGAGAUCAUCAUAAAUGUUACAGACUCGAGCACAUCAAGUUCUGAAGAAGAUAAUUCUGUGGAUCUAUCCAUUAGUUCCAAAGAUAGUUCAGUCAUGUCCGGCAUUGAAUAUUUAGAAUCAGACUUUAGUUAUGGUUCUGAUCAGGGAGCCAAUGAAUAA